AUGUCGUCCCCCAAAGGUCAAGCAGUGAAGGACAAAGGCAACGCCGCCUUCAAAGCGGGCGACUUCCCCACCGCCGUCGGGCACUACUCCGCCGCCAUCGUCGCGGACCCCGCGAACCCCACGUACCCGCUCAACCGCGCCGCGGCCUACCUCAAACUAGGCAAAAACGAGGAUGCGGAGAGGGACUGCGACAGGGUGCUGACCCUGGACAAGAAGAGCGUCAAGGCGAUGUUCAGGCGCGGCCAGGCGAGGGUCGGCCUGCGGAGGCUCGCGGAGGCGAAGGAUGAUUUCGAGCGUGUGCUUGCGAUUGACCCUGCGAACGGAGCGGCCAAGGCGGAGCUCGAGAAGAUCGAGCGGGCGUUCGAGAUGGCGGCGAGGACACAGAGCGUGCCGAAACAGAAACGAGAGCCUGCAGAUAUUCCGGUACCUCCGCUCGCCUCGAGCUCGUCUGCACCUGCAACACCCCAAAAGCCAAAACGUCGGCGAGUCCCCAUCGAGAUCGUCGACCCUCCCGCACCGUCCACGUCUAAAACCGCCUCUGUAACUACUGCAAAACCUACCGAUGACUUGAUGACGCCCGUGUCCUCACGGCCUCUACAACAUCUCCUGGAAGCGAAGGAGCGCGGACAGCGGCGAGGCCGGGCGUCGGAGGUGGAUUUCAGGCCGAACGGGAAGCACACGAUAGUCGGGAGAAGGCUGCGAGUCCUCCUGCGGCGCUGCCCUCCGCCUCUCCGCAUCACAAAGCCGCGCCUCCGUCGCGACUGCGCCGCGCGGAAGGCGAACGGGGUGCUGAGAAAACCGAAGACACUGUUCGAUUUUCGAGGGAGUGGGAGAAGCGGGAGACGGCGGAGGAUCGGUGGGCUUGUGAACGAGGUAUCGCCGACGGCCCUGCCUUCCUUGUUCCAGUCCUCUCUGGAGGCACAGCUCCUCACUGGUAUCGUUGAUGCCUUACGGGACGUGCUCGAGGCACAUCCGGACGAGGAGACGCGCGGACGCGUCCGUGAGUAUGUGGUCAACCUUGCACGCGUGCCGCGGUUCAGCACGGUGGUGCUGUUCAUGAGCGCGGAUGAAAAGAAAUCGCAAAGCAAGUCUGGGAGCUGCUCGGAGGAGAGGAAGAGAAGGCAUGGGGAGUCAGCUAAAGAUGGCCUGUAG